GUGGCCACCGGGGAAAGCACAGCCGGAGCGAGAGGCGCAGCGGCACGGCGGGUGAGCAGUGGGAUGCUGGCUGCUCGAGGAAGCGGAAGACGCUGGCUUUCCCCAGGCAUUUCCGGAAUGGAGUCAGCAUUGGCAGUCGUGUUGAGCUACAGAGGAGACAUUUCUAAGCUUUUUUAUUGCUGCUGUUCUGGGUCUGGGUGCAACGGUCUGUGGGCCCUGACAGCCAGGAGCAAGAAUGAAGACCGUGCUCAUGGUAGCAGAAAAGCCAUCCCUGGCACAGUCCAUUGCCAAAAUCCUCUCCCGAGGAAACAUGUCCUCACACAAAGGGCUGAAUGGGGCAUGUUCAGUGCACAAGUACACAGGAACCUUUGCUGGCCAACCUGUCCACUUCAAGAUGACGUCUGUCUGCGGUCAUGUGAUGACACUGGAUUUUCUGGUUGUGACAGCUGCAGAGGCCAAGCCUUUGUGAAGUGUGGCUCAGUGUCUUUGGAUACGGUUUACAGGGAAGUACAACAAGUGGGAUAAGGUGGAUCCUGCAGAGCUCUUCAGCCAAGCUCCAACAGAGAAAAAGGAAGCUAACCCCAAGCUGAACAUGGUCAAGUUCCUGCAGGUGGAGGGCAGAGGCUGUGACUAUGUUGUGCUGUGGCUGGACUGUGACAAGGAAGGGGAGAAUAUUUGCUUUGAGGUCCUUGAUGCCGUUCUGCCUGUCAUGAAUAAUGCCCACAAUGGUGAGAAGACAGUGUUUCGUGCCAGGUUCAGCUCCAUCACUGAUACAGACAUCUGUAAUGCCAUGACCCGCCUGAGCGAGCCAGACCACAAUGAGGCACUCUCAGUGGAUGCCCGCCAGGAGCUAGACCUGCGCAUCGGCUGUGCAUUCACUAGGUUUCAAACAAAGUAUUUCCAGGGAAAAUAUGGCGAUUUAGACAGCUCUCUCAUCUCCUUUGGGCCAUGUCAGACUCCUACCCUGGGAUUCUGUGUAGAAAGACAUGAUAAAAUCCAGUCCUUCAAGCCAGAGACCUACUGGGUGCUUCAGGCCAAGGUUCUCGUCCCUUCUGUAUUCCUGUUCUAUUGUUGUGGGCUUAGGGUGUGGACUUCUUGAGAGUUUUCCUUAUCACCAUGUGCACUUUGUUGGCCCCGUGCUAAGAACACAAGUGUGAGUUAGAAUAUCAACAGUUGUAGGUCCUGGUGCCCAGGAGGUAGAGUCACCAGCUUUUUUGGGUCAGUGAAGCUGGGCUGCACCUGGACACAAUGAAUUUGGAUAAAUAAGAGUGAGUUCCUUCUUGGGGUGAAGGUGAGGUCAGCUAGUGUCUUCAGUGGGGAAGUCCAACACAGGGUUAAGUCUGUGCUUUCAAACCUUACUGGUCUUUAGGGCUUUUUUACAUAAAAACCUAAAGCACAACAGGUUUAAAACGAAGUUCAGCGUUCCUCUGGUUGCCUCCAAGGCUGAGGACUGUGUGGGCAUGGGCAGGUACUGUGGGUAUGUAGACCUUGAUAAGCAGGGAUAGAGUGAGAAGCACAGCUUCAGGUAUUUCGUAAGGGCCCACCCUCAGUGUCUGCUCUGGAGUGAGAAGAGUCAGGUAUCGUCUCUGGAUCCACAGCUCAGCAGUUAUGAGAUGUUACAGCUAGGCCAUUUCGUUUGUGGACCAAACCCAGCGUCCUCUGUCUGUCUCAGUUUUCUUCUCUGCAGUGUGCUUGCCUUUUGUCUUCCCUACAGGUUCAUACAGAUAAAGAGGAGUCACUCCUUCUGGACUGGGACCGUGUUAGAGUUUUCGACUGGGAGAUUGCACAGAUGUUUUUAAACAUGACAAAGUUAGAAAAAGAAGCUUGGGUGGAGGCUACAAGCAGGAAAGAAAAAGCCAAGCAGAGACCACUUGCUCUGAACACUGUGGAGAUGUUGCGUGUGGCCAGCUCAGCUCUGGGUAUGGGACCACAGCACGCCAUGCAAAUAGCUGAGAGAUUAUACACACAGGGCUAUAUCAGCUACCCACGGACAGAAACCACCCACUAUCCCGAGAACUUUGACCUGAAGGGCUCUUUGCGACAGCAGGCCAAUCACCCAUACUGGGCAGACUCGGUAAAGCAGUUGUUAGCGGAAGGCAUCAACCGCCCUCGGAAAGGUCAUGAUGCUGGUGACCAUCCUCCAAUCACACCUAUGAAGUCGGCUACAGAGGCUGAAUUAGGAGGUGACGCAUGGAGACUCUACGAGUAUAUCACCAGACACUUCAUUGCCACAGUGAGCCAUGACUGCAAGUAUCUCCAGAGCACUAUCUCCUUCAGGAUCGGGCCUGAACACUUUACAUGCAUGGGAAAAACAGUUAUUUCUCCAGGCUUCACAGAGAUCAUGCCUUGGCAGAGCGUGCCCCUGGAAGAGAGUCUGCCCACGUGCCAGAAGGGUGAUACCUUCACUGUGGGUGAAGUGAAGAUGCUAGAGAAGCAGACGAGCCCACCGGACUAUCUGACUGAGGCUGAGCUCAUCACUCUCAUGGAGAAGCAUGGUAUCGGGACUGAUGCCAGUAUCCCUGUGCACAUCAACAAUAUCUGCCAGCGCAACUAUGUUACUGUGGAGAGUGGCCGCCGACUCAAGCCCACCAACCUUGGCAUAGUUCUGGUGCAUGGUUACUACAAGAUUGAUGCAGAGCUGGUACUCCCCACCAUCCGAAGCGCAGUGGAGAAGCAGCUGAAUCUUAUUGCCCAGGGCAAAGCUGACUACCACCAAGUUCUGGGCCAUACCCUGGAUAUCUUCAAGAGAAAGUUCCACUACUUCGUUGAUUCUAUUGCUGGCAUGGACGAGUUGAUGGAGGUUUCCUUUUCACCCCUGGCUGCCACUGGCAAGCCCCUCUCACGCUGUGGGAAGUGCCAUCGAUUUAUGAAGUACAUCCAGGCCAAGCCAAGUCGCCUGCACUGCUCCCACUGUGAUGAGACCUACACCCUCCCCCAGAAUGGUACCAUCAAGCUCUACAAGGAGCUGCGGUGCCCAUUGGAUGACUUUGAACUGGUCCUGUGGUCCUCAGGCUCCCGGGGCAAGAGCUACCCACUAUGUCCCUACUGCUAUAACCACCCACCCUUCCGAGACAUGAAGAAAGGCAUGGGCUGCAAUGAGUGCACACACCCCACCUGCCAGCACUCACUGAGUAUGCUGGGCAUUGGCCAGUGCGUGGAAUGCGAGAAUGGAGUCCUUGUUCUGGACCCCACUUCUGGUCCCAAGUGGAAGGUGGCCUGCAAUACAUGCAAUGUGGUGGCACACUGCUUUGAAAAUGCCCACCGAGUACGGGUAUCUGCUGACACCUGCAACACCUGCGAGGCUGCCUUGCUCGAUGUAGACUUCAACAAGGCCAAGUCUCCCCUUCCUGGCAAUGAGACACAGCACACAGGCUGCAUCUUCUGUGACCCCGUCUUCCAGGAGCUGGUGGAGCUUAAGCAUGCAGCCUCCUGCCACCCCAUGCACCGAGGUGGGCCUGGAAGGAGGCAGGGUCGUGGGCGGGGCCGGGGCCGGAGACCUCCAGGAAAGCCCAACCCUAGGCGGCCAAAAGACAAGAUGUCAGCUCUGGCUGCUUACUUUGUAUGACAACCUAUCUUUUCCCCACUCCAGACACAUCGUGGUUAUCUUUGAGCCACUGAAACCAUUAAAAUGCUUUUUAUUUUGUAUUCUCUGGAA